GUGGCGAGGGGCAGCCCCGCUCCAGGCGCGCAGGGCCGGCCGGAGCCCGGCCCCUUUUGCCGGGCCAGCUGCGGGCCUGGAGCCGUGGGUCGGGAUGAAGCAGGCGCUGGUGGACGACACCGAGGAUGUGUCCCUGGAUUUCGGGAGCGAGGAGGAGCUGGCGCUGCGGAAAGCGCGGAUCAGGCACCCACUGGCCACCUUUUUCCACCUGUUUUUCCGAGUGAGUGCUAUUGUUACCUACUUGUUCUGUGACUGGUUCAGCAACAGCUUUGUUGCCUGUUUUGUCACUAUUCUCCUCCUUCUGUCCUUUGACUUUUGGUCUGUCAAGAAUGUGACAGGAAGACUCUUGGUUGGUUUGCGUUGGUGGAACCAGAUUGAUGAAGAUGGAAAAAGUCACUGGGUGUUUGAAGCAAAAAGGGUGCCUACAGCAGCUGCCUCAACUGAAGCUGAAGCCCGAAUCUUCUGGCUCGGUCUCAUCAUCUGCCCAGUGAUUUGGACAAUGUUUUUCUUUAGCACCUUGUUCUCCUUGAAGCUGAAAUGGCUGGCUCUCGUGAUUGCUGGCAUCUCCCUCCAGACUGCUAAUUUAUAUGGCUACAUCCACUGCAAGUUAGGAGGACCAAAAACCAUCAGCAGAGUAACCUCAAGGUUGUUUGGCACCACAGAUGUUCCCAAGAGACAGAGCAGGAGAAUUGCAGAAGAUGGCACUGAGGAUCAUGGGAAGACAGGCACUAGGUAACCAAAUAAGGAAGAGCUAAAGGAUGAGCAGUAAAAGAAGUCAUUCAUGAAAGUUGUUCUUUAUGGGAAUAUAUUUACAUAAAGCUCUUCUAGAAUUAUGCCUGCAUGAAAUAAAGUAAUUUGUGUUUCAGUCUUUAGAUCCUGGAAGGUUUAACGCCUUUGUUACUUAAAAGCUUCACCAAAAAAUUGUUUGUGUGAGCACAGACAGUGCUCAUGGUUUACAAGGAGCACGCUGCUUUCAGAAAAGCUGUCAACUAACCUCAAACUGUUGGAUUAUCUUAACCAGAAAUUACAUGUAAUGAAAAUAUGAUGCUGAUUUGUUUAACUAUGGAACUACAAUAAACAAAACCAAACUGC